ACGCCUCACCCUUCCUACAAAGAGAUGACUUGCAAAUUUCUUGCAUCACUACAGGCUGAUUUCUAUAGAGAGAUUGGACCAGCUCAGCUUGAAGAUGGUUUUGGAACCAUUGCAUUCAAAAUUGGACAGGAGCGGUAUGAGAUGACCUUUAGGGAUAUAAGUGAAUGCUUUGGAUUCACUGUUGAGGGAAGGACGUGUGCAAAGAGGUUGAUCUACUAUGGAACCGACCUGGAUCAGCUAUGGUGGGCAAUAGGAAGUGGCGAUUAUUCAGCUGGUGUAACAAAGGCGGCUUGUAUCAGAAGUCCAGUGCUCAUGAUGGUGCACAAGAUCAUAGCUCACACCUUUUUUGGAAAGACAGAGUACUCAACAGUGUAUGAUGAGGAGUUGAUGCUCAUUGGAGAAGGUCUUAAACCCUUGAUGCCUAAGUUCAGCAGUGGCAUGACAUUUAACGGUGACCCUCACAAACCAACAAUGGCUGCCCUUUUAGUCAAGAAACUUCUCUCAAUUAGGAAAAGUGCUCAUGACACAAAAAUCAAGGCACCCUCCAUGCGCUUAGGAGGCCUGAUCACUCCUAUUUUACUGAGAGCUGGAGUUCAAAUGAAUGAUAAACCAAUCAGUUUUAAGUUGAUGGAUGCACUUCAUUUGGCCAAGACUACAUUUCUUGAAGGUUCUGUGGGUGAUUCUUUUGCCUAUAACCUCAGCAUUGAUAAGAAGGUGAAAGUAAGAGUGUUGCUGCCUAAUACUUCCCUCACUUCACUCUCUGAGCAAAGAAACAUCAGGUUCCAUGUCACCAAGGAUCAGCACUACAACCCAGAGAUCAACCCUCCCAUUAAAACAAUCAGGAAGUUGGGGAAGCUGAAAGCACCUGUUACUGAUGCUGAUGGAGACCAGGAACCGGUUCAGGAGGAGCCCUUGUUGCCAGACCCAGUGUAUGGGAGUCAUAGAUACUUCUUUGACUCCUAUGAUGGUCAGAUGCCCAAUGAAGCCACUGUUGCUGCUCAUUACCGAACCAAAAGCCUUCAGAGGUGGAACAAGUGGCAAGAAAAUAACACUAAGAAGCUGGUGGAGACAGUGAAGAUGUUGGGAAGCACGGUCAAGAGCAUGAGAGCCAAGAUUAAGAAGCUGAGUGCCAAGCUUGAGAAGUUCCAAAGAGGAGAAGUUGGUGAAAGCUCACACAAUGGCGAGAUGCUUAGGAUCUGCGGACCAGAGGAUCAUUCAUCACCAGAGUCAGAGGAGGACGAGAUCAGAGCCAAGAGGGACGCCAUGAGAUCUCCCUCACACCAAUCCAGCAAUCCCUCCUACUCCAUGGGGUCUCCACCCCCAUCUCUAAGUCCAUGAGAAGAGGAUGGUGGAAAGUCAAAGGUGGAAAGGGGAAUGGAUGGUAGUCGUCAUGCCAUUGAUCUGGGACAAGAAAAUUCAUUGUGGGUCAAGCUGAUAUGACCGCGGGUCGAACAGGUAUGACCGCAGGUCGAGCUGGUACGACCGCAGGUCAA